UAAGCGUGGAUCACUGUAUGUCUUUAUUUACUUAAACGUAAUAUUUAGUGCCCUUUAAAAUAUGCAUUUAACAUUUUUAUAGUUUUAGAGUUUAUUUAUUUUUUUAUAAUAUAUACGGAAGAUUGUGAGUUGAUUUAUUUACUAUUCAAUAUCGAUUACUUGCUUAUCGGGUAUCCAAUCAACACGAUUUAAAAAUAUUUUCUUUAUGAAGUUUGUUUACAUUUGAAAUGAAUUUACUAAAGAAAACACAAUUUAAAUGCAGUGUUAGCUCCGUGCAAGGAAAAGAUGUUAAACAAUACGGGAAACAACACAUGUUUGACUCGGUGGCGGAUACCUCGUGGAAUUCAAGGUACACCACAAUGGAUAAUAAUACGUUUUGAGGAACCACAGACAGUUAGCAAAUUUUCAUUCCAGUUUCAGGGAGGUUUCGUAGCGAACCCCAUAUCAAUACAUGUGGAAACGGAGGAUAGUAAACAAAUUUUGGAGGAGACGUUCUAUCCAGAAGAUAUAAAUUCAUCACAAUCAUUUAUAUUACAUCAACCUAUAAAGAGCAAAGAAGCCGCUAAAAUUAAGUUCUUAUUUCCCUCAAGUACAGAUUUUUUUGGUAGAAUAAUAUUGUAUGAAAUUGAGAUAUUUGAAUAAAUAACAAAACCAUCCACAUAAAAUAAA